AUGUCAGUACCAAGUUCAUCAGUACCAUCAUCGAAAGCAACCGCGGAUCACAUCGAGAAAAGUAAAAUAGUCGUGAGCUAUAUUUUGUGCGCUCACACGAACCAAUCCCUUCGCGAUGCCUGGGCAAAGACCUUUUCCGACAUUGACGGAGUGAACGUGGCCGAAAACGGCGACCUCUUUCAAAACCCCGCCACGGCCUUGGUCUCACCGGCCAACUCCUACGGAUACAUGGAUGGCGGCAUUGACGCCUUUUUCACUCCAGCCUUGGGAUAUGAUGUGGAGGAGCAGUUGCAGAACAAAAUGUCGGAGUUGGGUAGAUACAAAACAGAAAUUGGGGAUGCUCUUCUGUUGCCAGUCAUCCAAUCAAGCAAUGAUAACAAAGUCUAUUGGGAUUAUUGGAUAUCGGCUCCCACCAUGGUCACACCCAUGGUGCUCAAGAAGAAAAGUCGGAAUGCGUACUUGGCCUUUCGAGCCGUUUUGAGGGUGGUCCAAAAGCACAACCAAACGGCUGGAGAGAAACACCAGACACCAAUCACAUCUGUUGGGGUACCUGGCCUGGGAACGGGUAUCGGAGCUAUGGAUCCCAUGGAAUCGGCACGUCACAUGAGAGAAGCCUAUGAUGAGGUUAUAUUGGGAAAAGAGCCACAAGAGCCCACCGCAAGCGGUACGAAGAGGUCGCUUGAUGGAACCAAAAAGGCACGGCAACAACCCAAGAAGCAGCGACUGCGGAAGAAAUGA